AUGAGCAUCGCUUGGGGAAAUGUCGGCAAUGCCGAAGACCACUCGCCCGGUCCCACCCAAAAGAACCGACAGUCACCGAAGUCCAACCUUCAGGCCUCUCGCCUGUUUUGGCAGUCGGAUCCUUACAACUUCGUCAUUCUGCAGGCCGGUGGCGAGAGGUUUCACUUUCCCAAGUCCAUUCUCGUCAAGAACUCGCAGAAGCUAGCCUCCAUGAUCAGUAGCUCCACGAACGAGAAGAACAAGCCCGCGACUAUCGACUUCCCCGGCAUCGAUCAAAUCAUCCUUGGCACUUACCUUCACCUUACCUACUGCUCUGAGACCAACGUCCUCAAUGACGACACUGAAUUCAUGGACAACCCCAAUGACCUCCAGCUCGUUAUUCGGCUGUAUCAGUUCACUGAGCGAUUCGAGGACUACAAACUGGCCGACUGGCUGUACGACAGGAUACGAUUCAUUACGCCUAAGCUCGAUGACGGCGAUGUCCUUCAGGGCCCGUCCAAGCUUGAAUGGAUCAAGAUCUACAAGGAUGCUUUCAACGCUCUUGACCAAAAAUAUGACGAGCAUUGUGAGUUGGCUUGGAUAAUUUCUGGGGGUUUCUGCCGGUUCAUCUCUCUCCACGACAUGGAACGCGACAUCCGUCUCAUCGAUGACAGCCCCGCCUUGGUUCGCGCUCUCUUCCUGCGCCUGGCCAGGGAAAACUCCCACGAGCCUCUUCCUUCUUUUGAGUCUGAAGCUGCGUCCACUGAUCGCGAGACGCUUGCGGGCUCUACCUGGGGCGUCAAGGCUGCCUCUGCUCCUGCCGCCAAGCAGACUGGCGAUGACUGGAACGUCUACCAAGAGUCUUCUAGUGCCGACAUGUGGCCUGCUGCUUGCUACGAGUCCGUUGGUACUGACAAGGCUGCCCCCGGCCAGGCUUCGAGUUCCGCCACUGUGCACUCCACGAACGAUGAUUGGGGCACGGGCGUUGCGACCCCAUCUUCUUCGACCUCCUCUGAGUACAACGAAUUCUCUUGGCUUCCUGUUCGUUCCGCCAAGAAGGUCUCCAACGACGGCUGGGGUCCUCCUUCGACUGAGAACCAGGACAUUCCCAAGAAGGUCUCCAACGGCGGCUGGGGUACCACCGCGACUGAGGACGAGGACAGCACUUGGAAGCCUGCCUCCGGUGCCACCUGGGGUGCUUCAGGCAGCGGUUAUGCUGCAGACAGCUGGUAG